AACCACUCAAGGCGUACAAAAAGCGCACGAGCUAAAAGUAAUUUACUUAAAAAUGCAUUUACCUCAUUUAAAUAUACCUUGCACGUUAAAACAGAUAUUUUCUGCAGACCUUUUUUCUGAUUGUGUAUUCGCAUGUGUGCUUUAAAGCCGAAGAUUAAAAGAAAGUGCCUCCAUACCCGGUUUUAACUUGGGGCCUUUUCAGCUUGGAAAAGGUAUUAAAAUCAGGAACGGUGAAAUUAUUUUUCAGUUUCACAGAAAAAAAAAUCAUUCGUCAAAACGUCGGUAGUUACUUGCAGUUAAAAACAUUUGUACACAUUAGCUCAGUUACGUAUUGAAAUAUUCAGCCGUAAUUUAUUCGAUUUACAGCUAUAAAUUCAUUUGAUGUUAAUUAGAAUUGACAUUUUCCAUUUGAAAUUUGAGCGCUCGAACCGCACUGAAGGCCGUAAAAAGCGGUAAAAAAGUAUCCUUAUUUUAUCUUUUUACAUGAACUUGUAGUUCUCUUACCAUGCUAAGGCUACGCAAUUUCAGGGGCCCUAUUUGAACAUUGGCGAGUGAAAGGCUUUUUAUUUCACAAUCUGGCCUAAUUUGCAUAAUCAAACAGGCGAAUUUGAGCACGCAAAGAGGAAUCUACCUUGUGAACUAAUUCUAUUUUGACCCGUCUCUAAUCUUAAACACGUGAAAAAACGCUUCUGUUUAUACUAGACUGGUGUUGUUAUUUCUAAGAACAUGGACAAAUAUUUGGAACUCUAACAUAUUCAGACAUAUUGAUUAAACAGAGCGUACCUUUCUCAGUUUCGGGAAGUAUCGAUUAUUUUCGAAUUCUAAAAAUAAAACAAGUGCUGUUGUUAUUUGUCCGUCGAUAUGGGCGAUAUCAAACAAAUAUUUUUGAGUCAUUGCGUGGCGUCGACAGGCGUGCAAGCGAUGUCGUUGAACGAAAAACUCAGAGCUGCUGGUUACACUACAUUCGUUUGUACAGCAAUGUCAGCAGGCCAAGAGUUCCGCAGAGAAAUCACAGCCAAUGCCGCAAACUGUAAAAUUAUGAUCAUAUUUCUAGACGACAGUUGGGCCAAGAGUAAAGAAUGUAUAUCCGAAUUCAACUGUGCCUAUGCUUGUUUUAACAAGACGGAAACACCGAGGAUCAUUCCGGUGGUUAUGGACGGCUUCCAGUGGAUAGAUCCCCUGAAAUUCCCAGAAGCUCACUGUAUUACAGCUAAUUUCUACUGUCUGCAAAAAGAUAAAAAUCAGAGCUGGGAGCAGGCAUUUGUAUCAGUGAUGAAUAAAGUAGAUGCGAUUAUGGCAGAACUGGAACAGACUUCAGCUGUCAACUUCUCUCCAGCUUCGAACCCCAGCAACAAACUCUUCCUUGAUUUCCUCACCUGUGAAAUAUGCCAGGAAGUGUUCAAAGACCCCAGAAUGCUUCCCUGUAGCCACUCGUUCUGCAAGCAUUGCCUAAUCGACUGGAAAAAUUCUAACGGGGGAGGCACGUUUCCUUGCCCCAAGUGUAGGAUCCCGUACUCAGGGAAAAUGGACGACCUAGUUGCAGAUUUCAGAGCAAAUCAACUCGUAGACGCCAUGAACAAUCAAGAAGUGGUUGAAAGGACCCAGGCUGCCAAUUUAGCAAAUGAGCCGACAGGCAAUCAGGCCGAUGGAAAUGCAAGUGAAUGUGAGUUCAAUUGCGAGAAGGAUUUAUCUGAUUGGCUCUCGAAGCACAAAAUGCCCAAAGAGGUUAUCGAUAAUCUUCUAGACAAUGGUUUUGAAUUUCUAGAUAUAGUUCUGGAAAUGACUGAUUCGGAUAUAAAAGAAUUGAACUUGAAAUCCGGCCACGAGAGAAAACUGUCCAAAUGCAUCAAGCAGCACAAUAUAUUGACUGAAACCAGCUUCGCGAGGCCUUCAGCUCGUCCACCCUCAGGAAUCCGACAUGUGGGUGCUCGGGCAGCGCCUAUCAGCUCUUCUGAAACCAGUGUUGUCGAAGAACCUGUUGACAUCUUGUCAAACUGGAGUUUGAUUGAGGAACUUUACGAUGACCGCGUUCUGAGCUCGGGAACUAGUCCUGUCGACAGUCUCAAAUUCUGGUCUUCACUAUCCAAAAUCAGAUUUGAAAACAUAAUCGACACGAUUAAAAAGCAAGCUGAAAGUGUGGUCAAACAUGAAAAAAUGGCCAAGGGAAUAAAAGCAAAAUGUCUGCAACAAGCAGCUACGGUUCUUUCUGAUGCCGGAUCUUAUGCACAUGCUGUUGACUUUGCAAAAAAGGCUCUCGAAUACGAAAAAAGUCCGGAACGUGAGUUUGAAAUCAAGGCACUGCUUGCUUAUUCGACACAUAACAAAUUGAAGGAACCAAUGUGGGUAUCAGAGACGAAGGAUCCCAGAGUGUACACUCAGUUGAUAGACUUGUGGAAUGACGUCAUUUCCCACCAUCAGUACGUGGGCAAGGCCAAGUUGUGUAAAGUGUACAUUCUGAAGAGCUUCACUCUUCAGGCUUUGCUCAGCAGAGACAAAUCUAAUCCGGACGCCGGAGAGCAAGCGGAGCAAACUCUAAAGGACGCUUACAAACUGUGCGACGAAUUGAAAGACGACGGGCUGAAAGCCGAAGCUAAAAUGACGGAAGGACUGCUCAAGGCAGCUAUGAAAAACCGACCCGAAUCGCUCGUCCUUUUAUUAGAGGCCAGAAAGUUAUGCUUGAAAAAGUAUGGCGAAUUUAGUACUCUGAUGGCCAGAAUUUACUACAACAUUGCGAUCGAUUUCGAGGUGAAAAGGCAGUUCAAUGAAGCGUACGAAUGUUUCAGACGAACUUGGUUGAUUGAUUUGCAAAUCAAAGGUGUUCAUCACCCAUCAACUGCUAAGUCCGGUUCGGUUUUGGUAGAUCAGUCGUACCCUUACCCAAGACUGGCUCGUACGAACGAGGAAAGUCUGCCCGGCGACGACCAAGGGCCGAACGAGAAGGACAGAAAUUACGCCAAGCGCAUGAAGUUUUUGAAUGAUAUGUAAAUAUUUAGUUGUUAAAUUCAAAACUAAAAUAACUAAACCUGAUUAAGCAUAGCGACAAAAAUACAUAAUCAAUUUGACAAUUUAAAACUCUAUCAUUGCUGUAAUAAUAAAUUCAGAUAG